AUGUCUUCCACCACAGACUAUCAAUAUAAGGCUAUUAAGGGAAUGGGGCAGAAAGCACUCUUAGAUGAGCUCCAAAGGAAGGAGCGCGCAGAAAAUGAUCGGCUAAAGAAGGCUUGUAUUGCAGAAUUGCGGCGUGAAACCUCAGAUAAUGUAUGGUACUAUGCAAAUGACAUACGAGAGCUUUUAGCAGCUUUCUAUAUUGCAGAUGUCGAUGAUGACGGCUGUCUUUCACCCUCUGAGCUGCUGGAGGCCAUCCAACCAAAGGGCGAGGAGGGUGCCAAAGUCAUGAAGGAAAUUUUAAAGAAUGCUGAUAUUGGUAAAGAUCAGAAGUUCAGUCUUGCAGAAUACUUCAUCUUAGGCCUGCUCGCGACAGAUCGUCGAGGGGGAUACAACCUUCUUGGUAAAAGAUUCUGA